AUGUCUUCAGUCUGGAACCCCGACAAUGUACGCGACGUGGCCGAAUCCGUGGGCAUCGCCUCACUCGCCGACAACGUUGUCGAGGAGCUAGCGCGCGAUGUCGACUUCCGCCUCGCCCAAGUGCUGGAAGAGGCGCUCAAGUUCAUGCGACACGGGAAGCGGACCACGUUGAGCACACAGGACAUAUCCAAUGCCCUCAAGGUGCUUAAUGUCGAGCCAUUGUAUGGUUACGAGUCGACGCGUCCGCUGCGCUUUGGUGAGGCCUCACUAGGCCCGGGCCAGCCUCUGUACUAUGUCGAAGAUGAGGAGGUCGAUUUCGAAAAGCUCAUCAACGCCCCGCUGCCCAAGGUGCCACGAGAAAUCACCUUCACAGCACAUUGGCUCGCCGUAGAGGGUGUCCAGCCUUCAAUACCGCAAAACCCCAACACGAACACCGCCGACCUUUUGCCAAAGGGUCCGAAUGCAAACCCGCACCUGGCUGCUGCCAAUGGCCUGGACAAUGUCAACGUCAAGCCGCUCGUAAAACACGUCCUCUCCAAAGAGUCGCAAGAGCUGUUCAACAAGCUGUCUGGCGCCCUCAUCGAUGAGACCAACAUCGAAUGGCAGAAUGCAGCUCUCGCAGCAAUCUCGACAGAACCCGGCAUCCACCAAUUGACGACUUAUCUCCUCAGCUUCAUCGCUGAGAAGGUUACACACAAUAUGAAAAAUCUCUUCAUACUCAGUCAGAUGAUGCGUGCGGCCGAAGCCCUGCUCAAGAACCAGGCCAUCUACCUUGAUCCAUAUGUAGCCUACAUGGUCCCUCCCAUCCUCACAUGCUGCAUCGGCGGAAAGCUAGGGCCAACAAGUCACCAAGUGCCCUCCAACGCGUCCUCUGAGACUCUAAACGGAACCGCACCUGACUACAGCCGCGCUGCCCAGGACGCCUUUUACCUCCGGACACUCGCCGCCCAUUUGCUCAAAGACAUUUGCAGAAAACACUCGACAUCGAAUCAAGGGCUCAAGUCGCGAAUCGCGCGCACAUGUCUCAAGCAGUUCAUGGAUCCGGAGAAGUCGGUGGGGACACACUUUGGCGCACUACAAGCGCUGCUUCUGGUCCUCGGCCCUGGUGAUGCACUACGGGGUCUUAUCUUGCCCAACAUCAAGUUAUACAACGAUGAUUUCCUUGCUAAGAAGCUCGCCGACGACGGCACAAGGCACGACGCGGACAUACUACUACAGGUGCUCGUGGGUUCCUUCCCAGCGCUGGUACCUAAGAGCAUCAGGGAGAGAGCCGACAAGGCGAAGUCCGAAGGCAACUACGCCGCACCCAACCUGGAAGAUCUUAGAGAGCGCCUUUCAGACAAGGUCGGCGACAUUGUAGCCGGGCGCAUCAUUUCCAACAAGAUGCAACUGGAAGCACAAGAAAUUCUUCGAAAGGACUUUGACGUCUAA